ACGACGCGUGACCCGCCGGGACCGGAGCUGGGGCAGACGCCCUCUCUUCGGCGCGUUCCCGGGGAGCAACCGAGCCGGCUCCUGGCGAGCGGCGGCAUCCCGGCUGCCUGUCCCCGGCCCGAUUACGGGCCGGGCAGUCGGGGGCGGGGCUGCGAGAUCCUUGCCGGGAGGCUCUGGGGCAGGGCCGAGCGCAGUUUUUGGCCGGUCGCAGGACACCUGAUUAAUAUCUGGGGACCGCUGCCUCCUUCAGCCACCUUAUAGACUGUCGAAUGCACGUGGGAUUAGAGACGCUAGGUGUCCGCGACCAUGGCCAUGAACCUUCUGGAGGACUGGUGCCGGGGGAUGGAAGUGGACAUCCAUAGGUCCCUGUUGGUCACGGGCAUCCCCGAGGACUGUGGUCAAGCGGAAAUUGAGGAGACUUUAAAUGGGGUCCUCUCCCCGCUGGGCCCAUACUUUGUGCUCAAUAAGAUUUUCCUGCGGGAAGAGAAUGCCAAAGCUGCCCUAAUUGAGGUGGGAGAGGGUGUGAAUCUCAGGGCCAUUCCCCGGGAGUUCCCAGGAAGGGGGGGCGUCUGGAGAGUGAUUUGUAGAGACCCCACCCAGGAUGCUGAGUUUUUAAAAAAUCUGAAUGAAUUCCUGGAUUCUGAGGGGCGCACCUGGGAGGAUGUGGUCCGCCUGCUCCAGCUUGGCCAGCCCUCACGGCCCCAGAAUCGGCCUCCACAGAACUGGGCAGAUGCUUUGGGGGUGCUCUUGGGGGCAGUGGUGCAGAUCGUCUUCUACAUGGAUGCUGAGAUCCGCAGCCGUGAGGAAGCCGGGGCUGAAGAAGGUGCUGAUGACCAGGUAGCUUCAGCCUCAGCCUCAGGAGCGCGGAGGAAGGUGAAGAAGGAGCCAGGGUGGGCUGCCGAAAUAGGUUCCACUUUGAAGAUGGAAAAUCUCAGCAGCUGCAAUGACCCAGAAGAUGAAGGUGACCCUCCGAAACCUCUGGUUUGUAGGGCUGGAGCUAAAAGUCGCUCCAGGAAGAAGAAGCAGAAAAAAAGACCCAAGCAGGAAUCCGUGCUCUGGAGGAAGCCCAGAGGCCGCCGUUUCAACAGCUCGGCCUCCUUGGAGGAUCCUGAGGCUGCUGGGGCUGAAAACAUGGAGGUCUCCGAUUCCAUCAGGUGCAAAAGGAAGCUGUGCGUGAAGCAGGAGGAGUCGGCCUUGAAGAAGCCCGUGGCAAAAUGUGCCUGGAGAGCUCCCAGCAGCUCAUCCCGUGACGCUCGGUCAGAAGCUGUGAGCCCUGGGGUUGCUUCACAGUCAGACCAAGGUGGCAGUCGGGAGGGCCCCCCAAAGAAGAAGGCCAUGGGCUGGGCCUUGGUAAAGAGCCCUGUCCCUGUGAGAAAGAAGAAGAAGGUGAGCUUGGGCCCUGUUUCGUAUGUCCUUGUCGAGUCAGAAGAUGCCAAGAAGAAGCCAGCGAUGGGGAAGAAAGGGCCGGGCUCAAGACGAGAUGGGUUGCUUCAGAAGGCCCCACGAGGCCACCAGCCGGUGGGGUUGCUGGCCUCCACGUCUCGGGGCCCAAAGGCCAAGCCGGAAGGUUCUCUUCAGGCCUCCAGUGGUCAGAAUGGCAACAGAAGUCACUUGGGUUGUGCCGGCGAACGGCUGAGUGGAGAAUCCGAGCAGGAGAGACAGGUGGGCGCAGAGGUGCUUAGGGCCGUCGCAGGUCAGGUGGAGCUUGAGGAGGAGGCGAGCACGGUGGAGGGGGCGGGUGUCCCACCAGCUGAGGUUUUAGAGGGUGGAAGCCCUGACCUUCCUCCUAGAAGCCCCUGAAGGCCAACCUUGGGGACAUCUAUGAGUAGGAGGUGGAAGGGCGAACCCCCCACCUCUCCUUUGUUGGUGAGUGUCAUUGUGGGGGUCUCAGGUCGUUCUGCCACGUCCUCCAACCCAAUUCCCUUCAUCAGAAUCGAAUAAUGGGGAGUGAGAACAUUUGUCAGGGUCCAUGAUUUGGAGGGUCAAGUUUUCUGGAAGCCUGGUUGGGGGAUAGACAUUUUCAAGCACUUAAAAUGUCCAAGGAAGUAAGAAAGAAAUUCCAAAGAACACCUCCUUCCCUGGUGAGAUCUUCUAAUUUAUCCACAGAACCCAGAAAGCCUUGAUUUGGGGGACAACCUGCGAUGAGCUGAAGGAAGACCAAGGACGAAGCAUCCAGUGGGGAAAAAAGUUUUUCUCCUUAUUGAACACACCAUGACUUUGACAUGUAGGAACCCAGUUUCGGGAGAUGGGACUCUCAGAGAAAAACCAUCUGCAAGCUCUUAGGUGGGAGAGACAAAGGGAGGGAGGUGCACCUCUCUGCUUUUCUCUGCCAGCCCUGCUUUUGCCCCUCCCCCUCGACUCACCUUCAGAGGUUGGAGAGUCGCUAAGCAGACUGGGAAAAUCCUAGAAUAUUCACUUUUCCUUACAAAGGCAGGGCCCCCUUGUUCUGCCUCUCAUUCUUGUUCCCUGCUUCCUAGAGAGUGAGCCGGUGUCUGCAUGCAGGGCCUGGCGUUUUCUCCCAUCUUCUGUGUGUUUCGCCCACCAGGAAGUUAAGCAGACAUCUUCAAAGCAGACCUGCCUUCCUUGGUGCCCGUGUUCUUCCGCUUCCAUCCCCAUUAGCCGGCCAGAGGGCAGGAAGGUCCCAGGAGUUAGUUCUGGAGGAAAAGAGUGUGCGCUUAGGCUUUGAAGUGUUUGAGAUCUAGGUUCUGUCAAUAAAAACAGUACUUGGGUUCCCAUUUGGAGUCAGAUGCUCUCAGGAAGCCUGUGGGGAGGAGGGGCGAUGGGUAGGGAAGGACUCAGGCACUGUUGGCUUCCCAGCCCUAAGUCCAUCCAGCGGCACCAAACCCUCCACAUCUUCGGGGCUGAAGACACGUUUCACAUUAUAAUAAGAAAGGAAAAAAAUUCUUUAAAAAGUCGGCUGUUAAUUUCUGUUCUCUGAAUAGACUAGCAUACCGUGUCUGUGUGUGUGUGUGUGUCUGUGUAGGGGAAAGGGCGGGAUACCCCACAUAAGUGGUUCUCAAACAUUGUUCCAGGAGACCCAAGGCAUGCUCAAAGAUGUAAUCCAAAUCUAUUUUUCUCACCUCUUUAAAAGAAAAAAAAGCUGGAACUUGAACUCGUCCUAAGGAAACCGUCAGAUAGGAGACAAUCAGAAUGUUACCUUGUGUUCCUAAGUGAGCCUGAUUUUGCGCAGGUCUCCAGUGAGUUGUUUCUGCCAUCUGUUUGCAUACAGCCGGACUUCUUGUAAGUGUGGCUGAUGAGAGCGAGGUUGCGAGUGGGAGAGCCGGCGUCCCGCGCAUGCUCUGUAGCGCAGCACUCUGGAAGAAGUCUCCGUUUGUAACUCACACGGCCCUGGUACGCUGCGGUGUCCAGCCGUAAGCCAGCCCGUCCGCCCGUUCCCGUGGCGCUCAGUAAUCCUCUCGUCCCGAGGAGUUUUAGCCCUCCAUGAGCCCAGGGGUUCUCGCCUGACUUCAGUUUCUGUGCUCGGGAAUGUGCACAGUUGUUAGAUGUUGUUAAUCAUUCCAACUUGAAAAUAAACGUCUUGUGACAAUUAAUUCCAAAAA